AUGAGGCUACUGAAGUGUCUCACAAAGAGCGACCUCCUCAAUCACCUCAUCACUACAAAUAUCAAGUACGACCUGGACACAGCGAGGACGGCAGGCACGUUUGCGGGCUGCUGUAAGCUGGAAAAUGUCAUUCGCGACGGCAUCGAAGAGGGUGGUGUCUCUGUCUCGCACGUGGACAUCGACGCGGACUUCGUGGAGUAUGCUGCGGAUGCGUUCCCCAGGGGAGGCGAAAGCGUGAAGGAUCACCUCGUUCGAAACCUGGAGACUCUCCUCUUCCCCCUUGACAUCCGGCAGAUCAUGUACCGCUUCUCAAAAGCCCCUCCGUCCACGACGCUGAACGCGAUCCACGUGAACGACAGCCCUCUCAGUCUAGUGGACAUCUCCUGUGCCGACGAUGUGCUGGAAGAGCUCCGAGCAGCGUUGAAGGCGGAGAGAGUCAGCGUCCCCCCAGACUCACUCCGAAAGGUGCUAGGAGCUGCGGUUGGCGCAGCACAGCGGGCGUCCCUGCACGCGGAAGCUGCCCUCAUGGCGCAUGCGCUCUCCGCGCACGAGCACACCGGGACGGCGUUGGCGGGGCCGGAGGACAUCGUGGACCGGGUGAAGGGCCUUCUCGAGGAUGACAGAAUCGCGAUCGGCGUCAGCAAGAGGUGCUGCUUCUGCUGCAACCUCCUCGCGGAGCUCAUCAACAAACGGCCAUCUGGUCGACUGAACCGUACCCAGCCUAAGGUCGACGAAACUUUCAAGCUCUUUCAGCCGGAUGCUUCCACCGGCAAGGAGGUUCUAGAGGGUGGCCUCAUAUCCAAUCUGCCUGAAGAACGCGAGUUCGAGGGGCACCUACAAGACGUCGUGGACAUAACCCAGUACUUUUUGACUUCCCCGGAAGGCUUCGAUGCGGACAUAGCUCUCAUGUCCUUCUUUGCCUUCGUCACCUACCGCUGCCGCUACAAACUCAUUUCUCGCAUCACUAACAACAUCUGGGUGUUCCCGGGCCGUUCACAGCAUCCUACAGCCUACAUCCAUGAGAAAUUGAAGGACGCUCCACCGGCCAUCCCUUCUGGAAUAUCCAUAUCCAUUCCAGAUUCUGCUCAUGACUCUUACCCUGUCACUGGCAACAAUGCCGUAGCAUGGGCAGAGCUACUCCAGGUCACCGUCGACAGUGUGAAGAAACUUCUCGAGCGCAUGAACAUGCCCCAAGCAACUUCGGCGGGGGAGGAGAUUGUUGCCGCGCACCAAGAUCUGCACGACAACAUGAGGCUCUUGAAGCAUCUCAUUCAGUGCGACCUCGUAGGCUAUCUCAUCACUGAUGACGUUAGGCGCGAGCCGGGCGAAGCGAGGAAGGCAAAUGUCAUCCGGGACCGCGGCAAAGACAGCAAGAGGACAGUUCCCACUGGUGGCGUAUCCGGUCAAGAUGCAUUACCUGGCGAAGGCGUGAAGGAACACCUCGUUCGAAAUCUGGAGGCCGUCGUCUUCCCCCUGGACAUCCAGAAGAUUAUGAAACGCUUCUCGAAAGCCCCCGCCUCCACAAAGUUGAUGGCGAUUCACGUGGACGACGGCCCUCUCGAUCCACUCGACGUCUCCUCCUGCCUCACCGAUGUGCUGGAGGAGCUUCAGACAGUUUUGAAGGACGCCGACGUCGACGUCCCACUCGACUCGCUCCAAAAGGUGUUAGACGAGGCAACCUGGAGAGCACGACACGCAUCCCCGCACGCAGAAACUGUGCUCAUGGCGCAUGCGCUGUCUGUCCACGAGAACACCGAAUCGGUGUUGGCGUCGGCAUCGGUCUUGGACCCGGUGAAGGACGUUCUCAAGAACGACACCAUCCCGAUCGGCGUCAGCGAGAACUGCUGCUUCUGCUGCGACCUCCUCGCGCAGCUCAUCGCCGAACGGCAAACCAGUGGCGUGAGGUUCAUACUCCCGAGCACCCAUUCCACCGUCUUUUCCUGGUACCCACCGGAGGGCCUUCCUGUCGAGAUUUUGCGGGCGAUGAAAGACAGGUUAUUGGCGGCGGUGAGGGACACGUUGGUCGCCGCGAAAGAAUCCGUCGAGAAGGCUGGUUCGCUACGAACAAGCCCGUCGCACUCCGACUCCGAAUCUUCGGUAGACUAUCCGUCGUCUGAACGUAGAAAGAAGACGCUCGCGGCUGUGAAGGAUGUCCAGAGGCGGCACCGUCAACCGGUCUGA